CCAACUUUCCCACACACAGCAGUCGCAUCAUGGCUAGCUAGAUAGUAUACACACCAUGGCUUACGCUCUGCAAAUAGUUAUUUUGUUGCAAUUAUUUCUCAGAGUUCAGGCUAUACCAGACGUGGACUACAUACGGAACACGUGUAAAGGAAGAUGCGAAACAAGUCUGAUUUAUUCCGGUCAAGGAAGUGAUUUAUUUUGUGACGACGAUUGCAGCUCCCAUCAGUGCCAUGAUGGAUGUCUUGUCUUUCCAAGCGUCUUGUCCAGCAGCUGUCCCCAGGAGUGUUCCAGCAUUAUUCAAAAGAAAGUCAACCAGACAGGACAAGCAGCUGCUCAAGACGAGAUGAAAAACUGCGUGCAAGGAUGCAUUUUCGCAUUAGAUAAGUACGCCGAGGAAAUGCAAGAUGUGCUAAUGCCUAUGCCACAGCCGACGUUGGUGAGGAGUACGAAGGGUUCCACUUCCGUCGUGCUGCAAUGGCCUGCGUCCUUGGAAGGCAAUGUGACCUACCUCAUCCACAAGAAGACCUGGGAAACGAGCAGCAACUGGCAGCCCCACCGGAACGCCACUUUUUGCGAAAAUCGGAGGAUUAAGAUCGAGGGCUUGCACCCAUACGUCACAUACCAGUUCAAGGUGCUGGCCGUUGUCUCCCCUUUGCAGCGCCAUGUCUUCGAAUCUCCAGAAACUGUGAACAUCACCACUAAUCCAUCCGGAGUACCUGCCUCUGCGCCUACGAUAACGCGUUUGUCGGCCCCAUCACCAACGGUUAUAUCGAUCUCCUGGGAGCCGCCCGUGUUCCCCAACGGGAAGCUGGUGGGUUACAAGAUCAAUCUGGACCCGGUCGGACACCCUGAGGUGCCGAAGACAAUGCUGGAAGUGCCAGAGAACCUGACUUCCUGGACCUUCAGUCAGUGUCAGUCUUCUCAACUGUACCGCUUCACGCUGUCAGCCUGGAAUGCGUUUGGCAUGGGCCCAUCAGAUACUGCCAACAUCACCACGCCCAAUCCUGGUAACUUGUCAGCCAGUGAAACACCAUAUCUCAUCUUUGGCGCAGAAAACAAGGUGAUAUUAAGCAACAUUCUAGAUACCACAAGCAUCCCAGACACCAUACACAUAGCAAGUCGGGAGGAUGUGAACAUCACUGCUGAAAUCUUGUAUGAAACUAGUAACGGGUCCAUCGAAGGAAUUGGGAUUCAUAUUCGUCGCCAGCUUUUAAUUCUGAGUGACAGUGAAGGUCGUGUCAGCAUUGUUUCAAUCUCUGGAAAGAGUGUCAGCCCAAACAUGUUUCCAAGCCUCUUGCAGCCCACUGCAGUUUCAGUUGACUGGUUAGCAGAUCGCAUCUACAUUGCAAGUCAGAGAAGGAUCUACAGCUGUCCGCUUGAUAGGGACCGGUGUAUUGUUGUUCUCAACAACCUGAAAGGCAGUCCAACUGACAUUAAAGUUGAUCCGGUGAAUGGCUAUCUCUAUUACGCUAUUCCUGGAAAGAACCAAGGUCUGUUCAGAGUGGAUCUGGCUUCUCUUCCUGCAUCCUCAACAUUUCAGCCCAGUCAGAUUAUUGGAUACGAUGAUCUGUGGACCUUUGUGGUGGAUUUCCAAAAUGCUCAGCUCUACACCCCAAAUGCUUCUUCUGACACUGUCAUGUCCAGCUUUCUAGAUGGCUCUGAUAUAAAAAAUUUUAGAGAAAAAGUUGUAAAAAGAGAAUUUCAGAACAUGAGGAGUAUGAUGUACUAUGACAGGGCAUUUUUCUGGACAAAUGGCACAAUAGUAUGGUUUGAGGAGUUUGAUCCAGGCUUUACUCAGUAUCGCCACAACAUGAUGCUUUUCUUCUACAAGUCAUACUGUGGUCUUAAUCUCCUUCAUCCUAAGGCUCAACCAACACCUGUGCCACUGACAUCACCUUCAAAAGUUGAAGUUUUGUUUACACCAAACAGAGCACAGAUCACCUGGAAACCACCACAGAAACUACAAUAUCAAGGAGAGGGAGCAUGGAAUCAUUGGAAAUAUGAUAUUGAAGUGAAGAGUGGAACAAAGGAGGAUGGGAAUUUCGUACCAUACAUCCAGACUGCAGAGACAGAGUUUCUGAACUAUACUGCAGAUGGACUUGAAUAUGAUACAGUCUACUUUGUAAGGAUCCGAGCAAAAUCUGAUGCUGGUACUGGUCCAUGGUCAUCCUAUUUUGUUGGAAGAACAAUGGAAAAAGAGUCUGUUGCUGUACAUGUCCUUCUUGGGGUGCCUGGUAUGAUCAUUGAAAAAGAUCUCAACAGCUUGGCCCACUCUUCUGUGGUUAACUUCUCAUCUGAAGCAAGAGACCUUUCAUGGUUUGGGGACUUGAUUCUGUGGACAACAACUGGAGGGGAUAUGUUUAUGUUUAAUCGUACUAAUGGAGAGAAAACACAGCUGACUAACAUCAGAAAUGCUUACUGUGUGGCUUACGAUUGGUUGGGAAAGAAAAUAUUCUGGUCGGAGCCCAAACUUGGAGUGAUUCGACGAUCGGAUACAAAAGGGUUGUUUCCUGAGUUCGUUUACCAGGCAGAAGCCAGGGACAUCUCCAUUGAUUCCGUGAGAGGACGUGUUUAUUGGGCUACCACCAACUCCAUAGACACAGCAUACCUUAAUGGGGAAGAUCACAUGGAGAUUUACUCUGUGCAAUUUUUUUCUGGCCGCCAGGUCAUCAGUCUUGUCCUCAACUUUGAUCUCAACAAAGUCAUGUGGUAUGUGAAGGGUUAUGACAGUCAAGAACUUUACUUUGCUGAUUUGAUUGGCAUUGGAGGGGGAAGCUCACAGCCAGUGCUUGUUCCAGAGAGACCUGCAGGAAGUUUUCACAGUAUUUCCCAACUUUCAGGUCUUCAGUACUAUUCUCAUCGCCUGUUCUGGGUAGAUGGGGUCAAUUCUCUUGUCGUGGGUGAUCUGCAGUGUAACUAUACAUCUGUCGUUGCUCCUUACAACAAUGUAACCAGCUUCAGCAUUUUGCAUCCAUCAAUGCAGACUUUUCCAGUUGGAAAGACAGAGGAAUCAAUUUUAGUUAUUCCUGGAGCCAUUAAAUCUCGCUCCAUUCGCACUGUUGGCUCAUGGUCUAAUUUUAACCUUACCUGGGAUGCUGCAAGUACCGUCAACUAUGGCACCUUGUUCUAUAAGCUCUUCUUACAAAUUGGACGGCAGCAAAUUCACAAGACAUUAAAAGAUGCUUGGUACACGGUGCAAGGAGUAUCUCCAUAUACCCAGAUGGUUGUGUCUCUACAGCCGUACACCUACUGGGGUUAUGCUGAGCCAGUCACAGUGUCUGUUAGGUCACCAAUGUCGAUACCCACUGAGCCGCAGUCACCACGAGUUUACGUGACACAGCCUAAAAAUGCCAACAUUUCUAGCCACUUGCUGGCUGCAGACUUCCGCUGGUCCUCACCACUGGUGAGCAAUGGCAUCCUUAGUCGCCAUCUUGUCACCUACUGGCAAGGCAACCUGAUGCACUUGGCUGAGACUGUGGAAGUUUCUGGCUCAGCUCGACAUUUUAUCCUCUCUCCACUAGAGGCAUCAGAAAUCUAUCACUUCCAGGUAGUUGCUUGUACAGAUGCAGGUUGCAGUAAAAGUUCUCAAGCUGUCUCAGCAGUCACUGAUGCUGUUAAGCCAGUUCCUAUGCUCAUGAUAGCAAUGCCCACAGGAGUGUUUCUGUCAGAGUUUGACAGUGAUCUCAAUGCCACAUUGGUAUUGCCUGUAGCCUCACCUUCAUCUUUGGCAUACCUGGCACAGGAUAAUCGUACUUUCUGGAUAGAAAAGCAAAGCGUGCUCCAUGUCCAUCAGAACUCACAGCAGAAAGAGCUUGUGGAGAUGUCUGGACUGGGCUCAGACCUCAGCUUAGACUGGAUUAGUCGUGUGCUGUAUGUGGUGGAGAAAGAGCCUAACGAAGGGAACAGCAGCAUCAUGGGAUAUUAUCUUGACCAGGACCGCUACACAACCAUCAUCACAAGGAAUGAUAGCAUUGGAAGUGUUGUUUCUGAUCCAUACACCAGUACACUGCUGUGGACAGAAAUCGACAAAGAUGGUCGUGGAAGUCUCUUGGCUUUAUCCUUGGACACAGGAGACAUUUAUGUUGUCCAUAGUAGCUACCACAGGGGCAGCUUACCCAGAAAGCGAGCCACCUUUGCUUCCUGCUCAUGUGUUGAUCUGAUGAACGUCUUGCCAGCCAUUGCCAUGGACUACACUACUAAAGGGCAAACAGAGGUCGUAUUUAUGGAUGCUACAACCAACACUAUAUACGUUUCUGACAUCGUUGGAUGCAACUGCAGCAUUGUGUUUUCUUCCAAAAGUAGUCCAUUGGCCAGCCUUCCUGCCUCAUUGCUUGCUGUAGACCACAUGCGAGUGUACUGGUACAACCAGCGUGAGGAGCUGCUGUAUAGUGUCAACAAAAGCACAGACAGCAAGCCACGGUUUCAGCACCUUCCAAGAGUGCAAGACAUCAUUGCCUUUGGCAACCACUUGCAGCCUUUGCCUGACUCGGUCUGCCUUGAGCCUGGUGCAUAUGCAGGCACUGUCCAGGUGCUUCAUGUUACCAAUACUAGCGUCCAGCUGGGACUGGAGCGUGCCAAGCGGCCUGCACAAUGUGGAAGCAUCAGUCUACCUCAAGACAAGUACACUGUCUACUACAGAAAGGUUGUGGAAGCACGCGAUGGCUUCGUUGACUGCAGUGCUGUACCCAGUGACUGCCUGACCAAGGAAUCUUACAGUACAGAGAUUGAUCUGUUGGAACUUGAGCCAUACACAGAGUACCUGAUACAAGUGGCAGUGAGCAAUUACUACACAGAAUACAUGGCUGAAGCUCUCAGCAAGCCCACCAAUUUCACCACCAAACCUGGGGUGCCAUAUGCAGCAGAAGAUGUUGAAGCAUUUUCUGUGACUCCUGAAGAAAUAAAAGUGUUGUGGCGGCCUCCCAGACGACUUAGUGGACCAGCCAGCAAUGUAACUUAUGUAAUUCACUACAAUACAUUAACAGACCAGGGACAGUUUAUUGGGAAAACUGAGAACCUUGCCCAUGAUCAGGCAGUCAAUGGAGCAGUUAAUGCAAUUUUGAGAGACUUGAAAUCAAACCACAUAUACAAUGUCAAGGUUCAAACCUGUGUAACUGGGCGAGACAUGUGUAAUGACAGUAUUGUUGUGCAUCCCCGCACAUUCCACACACCUGGUCAAAUCAUUUUUAUAAAUGCCACACAUGAAAAGUUAGUCUUGAAGUGGCAUUCACCCCCAGACAACAGUAUCAUCAGACACAACUAUGAAUUUGUCAAGGUUCAGGAAGGUCAGGAUGAUAGGUGGCAACAGCGUGAAAUAUUUCCCAUCUUCACGCAGAAUGAUACAGAUUAUGUAGAGUCCUUCCCAAAUCUGGAACCAAACACUCGCUACCAGUUUCGCAUCAUGGCAUCGUAUCGAACUCGCCCAUAUCCACUCUAUGUUUGGCCAAAAGAGCAGAAUCAGUUCAUAUUUAAAACAAUGGCUUGGAUUCCAGGCAAGCCAUCACCACCCAUUGCAAGGCAUCUGAAAACUGGAGCAUAUGAAGUCAUGUGGGAAGAGCCUAAAGACAAUGGAGCUUCCAUUCAGUCAUACAUUUUACAGUUCAGUGCUGUAAACAAGUCCCCUUGGGAAAUUGCCUACAAUGGUAGUGAGAGGCGAUGGGUGGUUGAUGAGUCCCGCACCCACCCAGGUGUACAGUAUGUGUUUCGGGUUGCAGCAUUUAAUGCCAAAGGUUGGGGACCCUAUAGCCUUAACAGCACUGUCUUUCUUGCACCUCCAGCUGUUGGAAGCAGCAUCCUUCGAGAUGAAAUGGAGGUCGGGAUUGCAGUGGCUCUCUGUAUUAUUAUUGUCUUCAUUAUCGUAUUCAUCAUCGCUGGAAUCUUCUGCUUCCGCAAACGCCAGAUAAAAAAGAAGAAACUUCUUAUACGAGGACCUGAUACAGAGCUGGCCACUCUUCGAGAGCUUCCUCAUUCCACUUUUCAACAAAGCAACACACUUUAUGGAUUGAGUAUAAUCCCAACAGAUGAAGAGAUUGCUAAGCUACCACAUGUUUGUCGUGAAAAACUUGAUCUGACACAGUUUCUGGGUAGUGGGGCAUUUGGUGAAGUUUAUGAAGGUGUUGUUCACGAUGUUCUGCCUGACAGACCAGGGCCAGUUAAAUGUGCUGUCAAGACACUACGUAAAAGUGCCACAGAGCUAGAAAAAGAAGAAUUUUUAAAGGAAGCUUUGCUUAUGAAGAAUUUUGGUCAUGACCAUAUUCUGGGUCUGCUGGGAGUUUGUCUGAAUAAUGAUCCUCAGUUCAUCAUCAUGGAGCUUAUGGAAGGUGGAGACCUGCUCACUUUUCUUCGAUCAUCUCGAGGCAGUGCUACAUCACCUCCAAGACUUAUGUUACCAGACUUGGUCAAGAUAUGUGUUCACGUAGCCAAAGGUUGCAACUACCUGGAGGAUAUGCAUUAUGUACACAGAGAUUUGGCAGCUCGAAACUGCCUGGUGUCCACUACUGAUCCUCGCAACAUGGUGGUGAAAAUUGGGGAUUUUGGACUAGCAAGAGACAUUUAUAAGCAUGAUUACUAUCGCAAGGAAGGUGAGGGUCUGCUGCCUGUGCGGUGGAUGUCACCAGAAUCACUUGUUGAUGGGGUUUUUACUACACAGUCUGAUAUCUGGGCAUUUGGUGUGCUGACAUGGGAAGUGUUAACUUUGGGGCAGCAACCAUACCCUGCUCGCACAAACAUUGAAGUCCUCCACUUUGUCAGGGCAGGAGGAAAGUUGGAACGGCCGGAAAAAUGUUCUGAUCAAAUGUUUGCCUUAAUGCAAAAGUGUUGGAGUUUCACACCAGAUGACCGGCCUUGUUUCUCAGAUUUGCUUCAACAGCUAGAAGAAUAUAGAGACCAGUGUGAUGAAAUGUCUGCAGCAGAGAUUGCCCUAUUGUCCCCAACAGGAGCAGAAGUACUGUGCUUCGGUGCCUUCACACCUUUCGCUGCCAGCUGCAACUCCAGCAGUACCUGCAGCAGCAGCAACAGCGUCCUGGAGACCCAGGUUCAAGUGUAUCACGAACAGCCCUCACCCAAGUGGAUAUGCAGGAGAGGGGGUGGGUCUCUACACCUGACUCCAUCCAGCAAGAAAAAGAGGUGGCUGACCUUAUUAGAUGGAGCUGAAAAAGAAAAGCUGAUAGUAGACUUGCCUGGAGUGGGACGGUCUCGCACCUCCUCAGUGGACUCUAAAAGAUCAUCAGUGUCAGAGUCAUCACGGACUCCUUACUUUGAGGCACAGUUCCCUCCUGUGGCAGAAUACGAUGCAAUGGGCUAUUUGGAGCCACGUCCACGCCGAGUGCCGCAGUACCUCCAGCUGCUGAACCAUGCUCCAGAACUUCUUUUGCCUGCUUUUCAGGAUGCGAGGGGCAGCCAGAACCAAGCAGCUGCUGCAGCGUCUUCAGCUGGCUCUCCUCUGGCGCCUGCUUCUUCGUCAACACUUUGGCCAGUAGGACCUUACUCACGGGCAGCUGCGUUAUCAGGAGGAAACAACAGGAACUUUCCCUCGGGGUCUAAAAGUGUGCAUUAUGCCUCUGUGGGUAACCAGCAGUCCCGGAUCUCCUCCCCUAUUUCCUCUAUGACAGAGGCUGCAAAUGGGGAUAGAGGAUCAACAGCUUCAUCCCAGACAUAUGGUGUUGUGUCAGUGCAGGAACCUGUCAGCCAAGUGCCUGACUGUGAAGGUUACGAUGAACAUAUAGUUGUUCAUUUGACAGACCUCAGCAAGCUAAAGGCAUCACAACGGAAAUUCUCUGACCAAGACUUGUACAGCAGCCCUGCACAGUACAACCAGCGACAGCGACUUUCCUCAAGCACCUUGAGUGCAGCCUCGGAUCACCCAUACUCUCGUGUGGUGGACCCGCUGAGUAACAACUACAGCUUCAGUGGCACUGCCAGUAACCACACAUCUUCCGUGAACUGUGCUGGCAGAGACAGAUACCCCAGUCAAAAUGGAAGCCAGCAGUAUUCAUCAUGGGUCAAACCACCAUCCGUGCACAGCAACCGCAGUGCCUCCGAGUCCAGUUCUGUGUUUGAAGAUGAUGAGGGUCUCAGCUGUACACCGCCACCUUACAUCAACAUGCAGAACCAGCAUUCUGGGAGACUUCGGGGCCAGGUCUUUCCUGAGCACAUGCUGGCAGUGGCGAGCUAUGACAUAGCACAAGCUAGUCUUGUUUGAGGGAAAUGCUUGAUGUUGAUUCUAGCUUUGUUAAGGAAUAUGCUGAACCCAGAUUUUUGUUGGCAGUCAUGUUUGAGAAGGCCUCACACCUUGAAACAGACACGUGGUUUCUUAAGCAGUUUUUGAGUGCAGCUUUGCUUGUUGGUGGCUGUGCUCCUAACUUCUUGUGGUGUUCACAUUGUUGUGUACAGUGUCUAGACUGUGUUAUAAUGAUGGAUAAAGCUUCACACUUCAGGAACAGACUGCUCAGAGAGAAUAUGCAUGCAUUUUAAAUAGAGUAUUUGUGGCAUGUGUUUUUUGUGGGCAUGUCGGACAAUGUCCUGCACCAGUUUAUGGACAUGCCUGGUAAUUCUAUGUAGAGGACGAUUUUACAUUGUCCUGAGGACCAAACAGCCUGUGAUUGGAAGUUUUGAGAUACUUGUUACAAAAGGAAAAGUCUCUGAGUCUAUGCACUUGUGAGUUCUGUUUGCUGAAACGAACUGCUGCCCCCUAGAGGCAAUCAGUAUUACUUGUGUGUUGCAUAGUGUUGCACUGCUUCAGUCCAUGCCUAUUAUUAUAGUAUUCUCGAGGCCCUAAAGACGGCAGCUGUCCAUUGGUUGGCUUCAAUAUGCUUGCUGUCAGAUUUUGUGUUUUCUGUUCCUUGCUCGGUUGCUGCAUAUUGCCCAUGAGAAAGGAACACGAAUAGCCAGAUUUACUUUACCAGCAUUAAUCUUUAGCUAGGUUUAAAGAGAUAUUCAGUCCUACAGAACUGUGACCUAGAAAGAUCAAGGUACUGUGCCACUUCACUGUGUUCAUGUGUUACAAAUGGUUGAUUGUUAUUUUUAUUUUUAAACAAUUAUGCUGAAGAAUUCUGGUGAAAUAACUGUGUACAGAUUGUAUGCAAAAUGUGUGAAAAAUUCUUUGUCAAGACGAGUAUGUCAAGACGAGUAUGUCAAGAAGGAAACAAGCAGCAAUGGGACAGUUUUGUUGAGAAAUGUGUAUUUGCUCACACAUAAGAUGGAGUGCUGGUCUUUAAAGUUGUCUGGAAUGCAUUGAAAAUAUUUUUUGAUUUCUUUAAUGUGAUGAAGUGAUCCAUGCACUAAACUUCAGUAUUAAGAUUUUUUCAUUAUUUUAACAAAAAGAAUGAAUAUAAACUGGUGUUAUUGGAUAAGAGUAUUCAUUUGUUCACUACUUAAACUUACAAUUUAGUUCAAAAGGACAUUUUGAAAAACUUAAAGCUUAUUUUAAGUAGAAUGCUAUGUUAAGUGUACAAAUCUAUCUGCUGGGAAGAGUGAGCUACCAAUACAGGAUAACUCGAUCCUGUCUUCAGUGGCAAACAGUUGGAGUUUUAGCUUUGAUAUUUUUUGUGCUUUUAUGUCCAUAGGCACAAAGAGAAGUUUGUAAAGAGAAGGCUUUUCUGUUUAUAUGUCUGUAGGGAAUGUGAGGUUUUGUGUAUCACAUAACAGCUUUGACACAAAUAUUAGAGCUGCUGUAUCUGUGGACAUCACAGCAAAUGCUUUCAAUGGAGUUUUGCUUAUUUUAAGUAGCUAUGGACUUAAUCUCCUUUAUAACCACAGCCCCUGCUACCAUUCUCUCUCACACGCACACACUCACAAAGAGACACACCCAAGAAAGUCUUUUUCCUUCCACAUUAGAAAAUUAUUUCAUAAAAUGUAAUGAUAUCCUUGACUGAUAUGAGGUACACUGCAAUUAUUUUGGGGAAAUAUGUCAAUAUCUUGCAAAGAUGGUGACGUAUGAUAGAUAUCAAGAAAUAUUGCACAAACUUCCAUGAUGGCAAGUAUGCUCAUCAAUUUUACAUUUACAUUACAUAUUACAUCAUAUUUACAUACUUGCGAACAAAUUGCAACUUAGAUUAAGAGAUUCAUUCAAAGAAGUCAUCAGGAAAUAACAGGGUGACCUUGAAUGUUGACAUGAUUCAUGGAGGCUACCCCCAACAAAAGCUGAGUACCUUCCUAAGGCACUAAUGUGGAUGGUUCUUUUCAUGGAUUUGAGCAUCUAGUGGUGUAGCAUUGAUGCGAGGCAGAGAAAUUGUUUGCAAGAUAUUGAUGGAAAAUAACUCUUUGAUGUGAGAGAUUUUCACAGAAAAAAAGCAAGAGUCUAAAUCUCAUAGAUUUUGCUCACUGUUAAUAGUUUGCUUGAUGUUUAAUUCCCAUUGGUAUAAGAUGUAGUACAGCAUUUGCUAUGUAUUCUUUAUAUGUUUAAAAAAAUUACUGUUGAAAAAUGUGUUUCAAAACAAGAAGUUAUUGACCAAAAGAAAUAAGACAGUGAGUCUUAUGCAAAAUACAGUUUUGUGAUUUCCCUGCAAUCAAACAACUACCAUUGUUGGCUUUCAUGAACACACCCACUAUCUGUUUUUCCUCUUUAAAAAUGCAGUGAAAUUAUUGCUCAUAGUUUGUUUUUUUAAUUCACAUUUUCUAUUUUUAAUGUUCUGCAAAAGCAUGAAAAUAAUUACUGAAAGGAAGAGAAUCAUGCAGAGUACAGGAGCUAUAUACACAGUUACAAACCAGGGAAUCACUGAUUUUUCUGUUAAAGGCCUCUUGAAAUAGCUGUUGUCUUAAAAUAUACCUUAUAUAGUUUUGAGAUUGCACUUUCAGUUACCACUCUUACUGUAAUUUGUUAUUCCACCAUUCCCCUCCAGCUGUUUUUACAAUGUUUAAAGCAUAUGGGGAAAAAAAAUCUAUUAUUUGAAAUAACUAUAAAAUCCUGAUCAGUUUCUUUCCUAAAUUAGAUCAGAUUCUAAUGUUAUCCACAGGCAGUAAACUGCUCCUCAGAAAUAAAGUAAAUUUGUUUAAGGGUCGCUGAAGCAUGUCAAAGCUCAAACAUUUAAAUGGUACAUGUGUUCGAUCAUGGAAAAGUGUGGCCAACGGUUUCACUUAAAACAUUUUAACAGCAGCAUGACUUUGAGUUACAUUUUUGUAGGCACAAAUAUUCUUUUACAAAGAUUUGCUUCAAGGUCACAGGUGAAUCAGAAAACUUUAACAUUCAUGAUAUAGUUAAUGUUUAAUGUCAUGUCUGCAGAAUGAUUUUAUUUUUAUGAUGUAGAAUCUGUUGAACAGAUUUGUUAUGCUUAUUUAACCAGAGGAUAGGGGGAAAAAUUCAAGUAUUUCAAGUAAAGUUUGGUGAGAAAUAUGAUGAAAGCUUAACUUGGUUAAAUUAUUUUUUCUUUGAGUAGAAUUAAGCUUUGCAGCACAAACCAGUUUUCAGUACUUAUUAAGAUGUCCAGAGGAAACAUUGUACUAAAUAUAUUUCUGAAUUGCAGUUUUACAUUUUGGGGCACAUGUAAUUAUAGUGCACCACAAAAGCUGAACAGUACAUCGUACGUCAUACGUAUGUCUGUAGGCAUUGGGGGGAAACAAAAGUUAUUCCAGUUUUGAUGUCCAAGGUCCAUGAGAUUUUAUUGGGCCAGUAUUUUAGCUGUCUUUUAAUCUUGCCCAUCCUAUAUAUGUUUUCAAUGUAGCACAAAAAUGUAUUGGGAUAGUUCCCUUUUUUAAAUUGUUGACAUUCCCUCAUUAAAGAGUUCAAAACAGUUACCAUUUUAAUGUCAAAGACAUAAAUAUUUACUUGUUUUUGUAAACUGAAGCUCACAGAUUGGAGCAAUUUCUAAACUGGUUAGACCCAUCUUAAAAUUUAUGACAAAAAUUAUGUUUUUAUGGGAAAAAAUAUGCGUUAUUUUCUUCCCUUGUUUUGAAAUAAAGUUUAAUAAUCAUUAUUUACAGUGAACUCUUGCCAGCCUUGGUUUCGAUUUCUGAAUCAUCAGAAGAGCUUUCAUCUAUAAAAGUCACUUCUGAUUUUUCUGCAUGCAUAGAUAGUGAACUAUGGCUUGUCUUCAUUGCACAUCAGCUGGAAGCCUUGUGUGAAUAUUUCCUCAGAAAGUUUUUAAAAGUGCUUGUUUAUUGCUGAUCAUGUCUUUUCUCUAUAUUUUUAAUGAACCGUAUCUUUCAGUUGUGUGCUGGGUCACAAAGUUGAGCACAUUCCUUCAGCUGUCUUCGUUUUCUUCUGCAUUUUGCAAACUUUCAUUGAGCAUAAAUCAUUUUUUCAAAUUGUUCCAUUAUUUUAGCAUAUAAUACAUUGAAAGUAAAUGUACGAUACCUUCUGUGUUCAUAUAUUCAUGUUUUUCAGUGAACUAAGUAAUUUUAGUAACGAGUUGAUUUCUGUUUAGAGGAACGAGAAAAAUUGUUUACAUGGCUAUAUUUGUUUCUUUAAAAUAGCCAGUUCCGGCUAGGAAUUUUCAAGUUGGGUUAGACUACGCACUUAGUGCUAUUUGUGUGUUAUUGUCAUUAAUGUUCUAUAUUUUUAUUUGUUUUCAAAUCUGUACAUAUUGAGCUUUGCUUUCUUCCUUUCAUUGGAUUGAAAGGGGAGAUGACUCUUUUCAACUCGUUCUAAAGUUUUGUUUUCCAUCCCAGAUAAUCUUUUCCCAUUCCAGACCCUUAAUCAUCUGCCAGUUGAUUGAUAACAAAUACAAGGUGACAAAACUGCUGUUGUAGUUAAUCUGUACAUUGUGUGAUUGCCAGUUGUUUACCAGAGAUUAGCCUCAGAAGCAAUAGUAGAUUUCAGGAAAAUACUUCUUUUCCAUCUGAUGAUUGAGGAUCAUCAGAAUGUGAAAGUGCACUGUUAAUGUGUUUUGAAGAAAUAAACAUUUGACUCUGUUGUAAAAUGUUGCAACUGUGUUGAUAAAUAUGUUGGAACUCAA